CUCUUUUUUUGCUCUUUUCAUUCUUUUGUUUGUUUCGUCAGAAAAGAAAGGAAAAGAAAACGAGCAGGAAAAUUAGGGCGUGGUCUCAGUUCAGCAGUUCUCAUCGAUCGAUUCGACUGCGUUGCUUUAUCUCCGAUGGAGAAUUCUUCGUCGACGAUAUCCUGUCCUUCGACUCCUCGUUGGAACUCCGAGAGGCCUUUCCUCACCGGCCAAUUUCACCAGGAUACCAAAACGACGUCGCGUUUCGCCGAAGCGAAGGGCCUUUCCGUUGAUUCUCUUAGUCUGGGAUCGACGACGGCUAUAGGUUGUUACGAUGCUGCGGUUCAGGAACUUAUUGUCAUUGAUGACUUGUUGUCCGUACUGGUCGGAAUUGAAGGACGAUACAUUUCGAUUAAAAGGGUUCGUGGAAAGGAGGAUAAGUUUAGCUUCCAGGUUGAUGCAUCCAUGGAUUUAGCACUUCAGGAAUUAUCAAAGAGGAUAUUUCCGUUGUGUGAGAGCUUCAUGCUGAUCAACCAAUUUGUUGAAUCAAGGUCACAGUUCAGUAAUGGCUUAGUCAACCAUGCCUUUGCUGCUGCGCUAAGGGCACUGCUUCUAGAUUACCAGGCCAUGGUGGCACAACUCGAACACCAGUUUCGACUUGGAAGACUCUCCUUACAAGGCUUGUGGUUCUACUGUCAGCCAAUGAUGGGGUCGAUGCAAGCGUUAUCUAUUGUCAUACAGAAGGCUUCUGCUAACAAUUUUGUAGGCUCUGAAGUUCUUAACCUGUUGCAGAGCCAGGCUAAGGCCAUGGCUGGUGAUAAUGCUGUGAGGUCGUUGCUAGAAAAGAUGGCGCAAUGUGCAAGCAAUGCAUACCUUAGCAUAUUAGAGAGGUGGGUCUAUGAUGGAGUAAUCGAUGAUCCUUACGGUGAAUUUUUCAUUGCUGAGAACAAAACUCUUCAAAAGGAGAGCCUGACUCAAGAUUAUGAUGCCAAGUAUUGGAGGCAGCGUUACAGUCUUAAGGAUGGAAUACCUAGCUUUCUUGCAAAUAUAGCUGGGACAAUUUUGAUGACAGGAAAAUAUCUCAACGUCAUGAGAGAAUGUGGGCAUCACGUUCAGGUCCCAGUAUCAGAAAAUUCAAAAUUAAUGAGCUUUGGCACAAACCAUCACUAUCUUGAGUGUAUAAAAUCUGCUUAUGACUUUGCCAGUGGUGAGCUUCUAAAUCUCAUCAAAGAAAAGUAUGAUCUUUUGGGAAAGCUGCGAUCUAUAAAGCAUUACCUUCUGCUCGAUCAGGGUGAUUUCUUGGUGCAUUUUAUGGAUAUAGCUAAGGAUGAGCUUACAAAAAAGCUCGAUGACAUUUCUGUGGCGAAGCUGCAGUCUCUGCUAGACCUUGCUUUGCGUACAACAGCAGCUGCAGCCGAUCCUUUUCAUGAGGACUUAACGUGUUGUGUGGAAACAUCUUCUUUGCUUAAAAGACUUGGGACGCUUGAUUCUGAAAACAGCAGAACUGUUCCUGGUGGUAAUGAUCUAGAGGAACCAGUGAACGUAACUGGCCUUGAGACAUUUUCUUUGAGCUACAAGGUUCGAUGGCCAUUAUCAAUAGUUAUAUCUAGAAAGGCCCUAGCUAAGUACCAGUUGAUUUUCCGCUUUCUUUUCCACUGCAAACAUGUGGAUCGGCAGCUUUGUGGGGCAUGGCAAGUACAUCAAGGAAUUCGUACCCUUAAAAUGCGUGGAACUGCCAUCUCCAGAUCAUCAUUGCUCUGUCGCAGCAUGCUUAAAUUUAUAAACAGCCUACUACACUAUCUAACAUUUGAGGUUCUUGAACCGAAUUGGCACGUGAUGCACAAUAGGCUUCAAACAGCAAAGAGUAUAGAUGAGGUUAUCCAGCACCAUGACUUUUUCCUUGACAAGUGUCUCAGAGAAUGUUUGCUGCUUUUGCCUGAAUUACUUAAGAAGGUGGAGAAGCUGAAAUCGCUCUGCCUCCAGUAUGCAGCAGCAACUCAGUGGUUGAUAUCAUCUUCCAUCGACAUCCCCAGCCUAGAGGAAUCAUCUGAUGGUUCAAAUGUUUCUGAAAAAACCAAGCAAUCGAAGUCGCGGAGCCCAUCUCAUGCACUAAAACUAAGUUCCAGCAAUACAAAUGUUACAGAUUCUAUACUCAAAUUUGAGAAGGAAUUCAACACGGAGCUUCAGAGACUUGGGCCAAUACUUAGCAGUAGUUCCCAAACAGAACCAUAUCUGACUCAUCUAGCACAGUGUAUCUUAGGCGUUGGAAAUGAGCAGUGAAUUUGCGGAUACCUUUCGUCCUUUUCUCUAAUCAAGGAGUUACUUCAGAAUAACAAUUGUAAAUAAGCUUCUUCGAAUACGAUUGUUUUGGACUUGUGAAUGUUGCGUGUCUAGAGUGUCCAGCUUUUAAGUAUUUCAGUGAGGAUCCGUUUAAAAGAAGGGAGGAUUUUAUGGAGCUUGUAAUGAUUGCUGUUUCUAAAAUGAUGUGUAAAAAAGAUGUAUUGUUGUAUGCAUAAUAUAUUUUAUUUUUA